UUUUGGAACCACGAAGAAGAGUCGUGUGAACAAGGAAGUUACUAUUUUUACAGGAAGCGUAAAGCUGCCUUUUGUUUAUUUUUGUCUUUGUUUUCUGUAGCGAACCGUUGGCCGUUUCCCAACGGAGCAGUUGGCUAGAUCGACGAAUAGGUUGUCGUUCAUCUGAUUUGUUUCUAUUAAGUUUAUUUUUUUAUGACAGUUGACGAGAUUUGGCGUUAGCAUCACACGCUAACAACAGAGCUAACGGGCCUGGAGGCCAAUAAGGGAUACAGCUACGGCGACGACAGUUAAGUUUAGGCACUAAAAACGAGUACUUAAGUUACGGAAAAGGAUCGUGGUUUGGAUUAAAACGACGAAUGAACACACGUUCCCUGCGUGAAAGUGUUAAACUUAUAUUAUUUUUAUAUUAGCCGAGAUUUUGCGUAACUUCAGGCCGUAGCUGUAUCCCUUCUAGCCCCAACCGCCGUCUGUUAAUUGUAUCCCUGUUUAUGUCCACCAGCUGGGGGUUUUAAGCUUUAAAAACGUUAGAUACCAGUGGGAACAGAGCUCCAGGGCCGCUGUCACACGUUCACCACCCAGGCCAUGUAUGCCCCGCCGGGUACCGCUGUCCCGGGAGGCCGGAGGCGGAGAGGAGGCACCUCCGUGCCCAAGCAGCCGGAGCGGAGCCUGGUGUCGGCGCUGCCCGGGGCUCUGUCCAUCACGGCGCUGUGCACGGCGCUGGCGGAACCGGCCUGGCUUCGCGUGCACGGAGGCACCUGCCCGAAACAAGAGCUGGGGGUGGCGGAUGUCCUCGGGUACAUUGACCCCAAGCUUCUGGACGAUUACUGUGUGAAUCCGCAGACCGUGCUGCUGAUGAGAGUGAUCGCCGCCUUCUGUUUCCUGGGCAUCCUGUGCAGUCUGACUGCUUUCCUCCUGGACGUGUUCGGACCCAAACACCCGGCCCUGAAGAUCACACGCAGAUAUGCAUUCGCACACAUCCUCACAGUGUUGCAGUGUGCCACGGUCAUCGGCUUCUGCUACUGGGCGUCGGAGCUCAUCCUGUCCCUGCAGCAGCAGCACAAGAAGUAUCACGGCUCGCUCAUCUACGUCACCUUCGCCAUCAGCUUCUACCUGGUGGCGGGGGCGGGCGGCGCCUCCAUCCUCGCCACCGCCGCCAACCUGCUGCGCCACUACCCCACCGAGGAGGAGGAGCAGGCGCUGGAGCUGCUCUCCGAGAUGGAGGACAGCAGCGAGACUUUCCCCGCCGACUACGACAUCGCCAAUCAGUUUCAGCCGCCGCCGGCAUACACGCCGUAACGAUCGCCACGCUCCGGCCUUUUUGCUAAACACUCGCUUCUCUCUCUCUGUCUCUCUCUCUCUCUCUGUCUCUCUCUCUCUCUCAGCACGGCUUUUGGCUCGAUGAGCAAAACUUCCCCCCACUCACACUCUUUAUAAAAUGGAUAUCUUUGCGAAAUAUCUCGCCGUAACGAGCGCGGUCUGUGCGCAGAACUUUGAUUGGUUGAUUGGUUGACUGACGGUGCGCUUUGGGUGCAUGAAAGCCUUUUCUUUAGCGGUGGCAGAAAAUGUAGGAGAUGAUUCUUAACGCUCACCACUGAAGCUGUUUGUGAUUUGUAGGGUUGGGCAUCCUUUGGAUUUUAAGGAUUCUGAUUCCGGUUCUCAUCGAUUCUCGAUUCUUUGAGGGGCGGAGUUGAACGGGUCACAUGCUUAUUUCACAAAGAAGAGGAAAGUUUUAUUUUGAUUCAGUGGUGGUUGGCAGUUUUACAGCUUUUUCAACGUAAAAAAUAAAGCCAGACUAGAUAGAGCUCCGCUUACUGAGCUCCGUGGCUGCAACACAACAAGCGCCUGGCUGCUACGGAAACCAAAACUUGCGCAUGUUAAAUUGGGAAGCCGCGAUCGGAUUUGAAACCAAAUCCUCCAAAACGAUCCCAAUAAAGAAACGACACCGAUGGAAUCGUAGGAAUCGGUUCUCGAUGCCCAACCCUAGUGAUAUGCAUGUAAAUGGCGUCUAGAGUUCGGUUCUUUACGCGUAAAGCAAACUUAAACUGCGGGGAGUGCUUUAACAUCACGAGUUACGGACGAAGCCGCGGCCGGAUAAGUGCCGGAGUUUUUUUUUUUUUUUUUUUUUGGCGACCGAGCUGUCGGCAGAUUGUCAGAGGUUCGAUGCUCGUUUUGGAGCUUUGUUAAAGGACUAUUCCGGCGCAAAAUGUACCUAGGGGUUAAUAACGUGUGUGUACCGUGUCGUGUGUUCUCUGGGACAUGUUUUCAUAGUAAUCAAAUGCGUAUCUAGCUUCAGCUAGCUUUAGCGCGAACCAGUGAUUAGCUUGCAACGCUAGUAUUCAGUUACCUGACUCCACCAGAUGGAUCGCUUCGCAUUUGCUCGGCUUAUCCAUCUGGGAACUUUCCGUUGGAGCACUUUUG